AGAAAAAUUGCUAAGAAAAUAUACAGCCGUCUCCGGCGUUUGUGUUCAGUGUAAAGGCGGUAAAUCGUUUCCGUUCUAUUGUUUGGUUAAGACGUGAGGCGUACACGCGAAUACAAUAUUAUUAUUAUUAUUCGAAUCGAGCAGUCGGUGUGUGUAAUUUAUCGGUGCCCGCUUUAAUGUAAAACAUUUAACUCGAACCGUUAACAUUGUUUCAAGGCUAUCGUCGACCGUUUGUAAUAAUAAUUAAUAUUAUUUUGCACGCUCAACAACAAUUAUAAGUAGUUUUUGUUGUUUGUAAAUCGAACCGAAAAAAUACCAAUUUCCAAAUGGACGAGUUCAUAGAGAGAAUGAAGUCUCGGACCAACGCCAGGCAGGAGCUUCUGCAAUCGCUCAAAGUCAAAAAUCAAGAAUCGGAAAUGUCUGUCGACGAACCCGAACCGGAACCUGAAUCGGAAACUGAUUGCGUUGUUACUAAAUCACUAUUGAGAGAUCGCACCAAAACUAUCCUCAAUCGCCUUGGAGCACUUCAUUCGGAUACAGAUCAACUAAAUCUGUCAUCUCCUGUUCAUGCAGUCCACGAUAUUGUACUAGGCAAUGAGCAAGAAAACAGGAAUAAUGAUAAUCAAGAACUCAAGCAAACCAGUUGCAAACUGAAGAAACUUUCGCAAUUGGUUAGUAAGGUUAAUGAAUGGCAAGAAAAUGACAUUCAAACUUUCCAGACAAACAGCAAGGAUAAAAAAGAUAUUCUACCGGAAAAAACUACCGUGUCUGCAGCCAGUUGUAUUUCAUCCCCAGUAAAAAAUAAAACCAAUGACAAAAAAACUGAUGCCAGAACAAAAACUAAAUGCACGGUAACGUUUGCGCCCACGGUUUCUUCAAUACAAAUUGAAAAACGUCCCAUUAUGUCUUCUCCUAAAAAAAUAACGCCGGUUUUACCUAAACCCGCAUCACUCAAUACCACGGCAAACUUUAAAUCUACUUCGAGUCCUAAAAAAGUCGACGGUCCUUGGCAACUUUCUGUGGCUGAACGUAAAGAAAUGUUUGAAAAGCAAAUUUCUAAUGGUGGGUUGGCUGCUCCAGCUCCUGUAACGACGUACAAACCCCAAGUCAAAGAUCACCAGCAAGAUGUGAAAACAAAAACUUUGAACAUAGAAGCUAAUAAAUGCGCUAAACCGCGUGUAGACGAUAAGCCACAAGUAAAAAAUGUCAUUUUAAAACGAACCAACUUUAACAAUCCAAGUUGUGUUACGAAGGCGGACAGUGACACGAAACAUUUGCCGAGAACAGAGUUCACUUGCACAGGCCACGAACAGUUCAACCAACAAGAAGUUCAUACACCACGGACAAUUGACGACCAUCCAAAAGUAUGCAGUCCUGCAAAAACGCCACCGUCAUCAGCUUACACUAGGAGUAGUAGUGCGGUUUCGUUAUUGAACGAUGUUAAGAUCGUUAUAGCCACGCCUCCAAAACCCGGUUGCUUAUACCCAAACAUAUCUUUUGGCUCGGAUGAAAAUGAUCUGGACAACCAAUCGGAAGAAGAACCCAUGAGUACCGACGUAGCAGAAAAAUAUUGUAACACGAAUGAUAUUUCUCCAAUUGUAUCUGGCGAUGCAAAUAACGAUAAUAUCAGCAACCGACCAAAAAAAAGACAUAUCAGCGCCAUAUUAAAUAAUACGGAUGGGUCGAGUACUUCAAGUUUGGCAACAAUAAAUGGAGAUGAUGAAGAGCAUGAUGAUUAUUUGGCCGACAAUGCUGACGUAAAACGUACCAAAAAUAACGAUACGCAGGAUGUAUUGAAUUAUUCUUCCAUAACAGAUUUUGACUCGCCGAUUAUUGGUCUCCGUUCGGUUGCAAAUACUAGUGUAUUGGGAAGUCCACUUCAUUCUUCGAGCUUUACCUAUAUUAAUCAUACUAAAAACGAAGAAAUUCAAAUACCGACUGGUGGUGCUCCCUCUUUAGUCCAUACAGUUAGUACAUACCGAAAACAACAGCAACAACAAUUGAAACCAUCGGCUAUGGUUAUUAGACGUACAGCGGCUACAAAAGAUCAUUUUAAAGAGUCCGAUGAAGAAAAUAUCGACGAGCACGAUAAAGAGUCCGAUGACGAGGAUGAACUCGACCGUGUGGUCGAAAGAGUACACGAGCUGGAAGCUCAGAUACCUGUUCAAGAGGCAAGGAUAGCACAGGCAACUCAAGCGCUUAAUUUGUGUCAAGCAACAACUGAGUUUGCUGGUUCUUCUGAACAAGUGGAAGCCGAACGUGUCUUGUUACUUGCAGGAUUGAAACGCAACGCCUGUCUAAUGGAAGCACAACGUUUGCGUGUUGAAAAAACGCUAUUGCCGAAAGGGCAAGGAUCCAAAUCACACAUAUUGAAAUCAUCGUCGUCUGUUACUUCAUCACUCCUCAUAAAGGACUUGUCCAUACCAAUACGUUGGGAUUACAUUCGGAAUAUUUCUAUAAGAGAAGACAAGAGAUGUCAUUUUGUGUGUGCGGUACAGUGUAGCGGAGUUUCCGCGGCUACUGCACAAGUCAUAGCCACAAAGAGCGUUGAAGCUUCUUAUACAGGCAACGGUAAUCGUUGUGGCAACAAUUCCGGUACAUCUGGUAUUCCCGUCGGAUACAUAGAGUUCCCUGAGGAAUUGCGUGUGGAUUUAGGGAAUGUCGAUGAAAAAGAAGUCGAUCAAGACUUUAAGUGCACUGUGGAAGUUUAUGGCCUGGUGGUUGAUCAUAAUAAAAACAACAGUUCUGAUAAAUUCGGGGCUUCGUCGUCUUCACAUCAUUCACAUACACGUGGUGACAGCAAGUUUUGGUUUACUCCGACUAAACACAGCAAAAAGAAAAACUCGGCAUUCCACGGUGGAAAUAUCGAAUCGCCGGGCGGACCUGCCGCCGUACGGUCAACGUCCUUCCAACUGUUAGGGUAUUUUGUAUUUUCCAAACGAGAACUGCGUAGGACACAGUUUACUCUCAGCAAAGUGCAAUAUGACGGUCCGUUGUCGGAAGGUGUUGUUCGCGUUAAGUUGGAAUUGGAAGACAACGAAGACUCCAAUGAAGACACUAUAUUGGAAAGUUUGACUCAUGAGGGAUUUUUGACCAUGUUCAAUGACGUCAGCGGUUUGGGCGCGUGGUAUAGGCGAUGGUUCAAAUUGCGCAACGGUCUUCUGUCGUAUUGGAAAUAUCCCGAUCACGCCGACGACGAAACAAAAAUACCUAUCGACACUAUAGACCUCGGUCAAUGUAUCACACAACAAAUCGGUCCGUGCAACGUAGAACUGUGUGCCAGGCCAAACACUUUGCUUUUGGAAUGCACUCGGCCGUUGUGUAAAAACGAUGGCAAUUGUGAUUCGUUAAUAACACGCACAGACCCUCGUACGGGUCAAACGACAAUCAGAAAUUUAUUGUCGGCAGACACUAAACAAGAACGUCAAGAGUGGUGUGACAAAAUAAAUUCUACUUUGACGGUUUUGAACCGACGACAACAACGAUUGCAAAAAAAAACUGAAAGAAAUCGUAAAAAAUAAUCGCAGUUUAUAUAUAUAUAUAUUUAUUACGUAUACUAUAUUUUAUA